AGUGCGGCGGCCCACCUUGAGAGUGGGCAGGUUCAGCGGUUGAUCCCGUCCGCGCCUCCGCGCUCCGCGCGCCGCACUCGGUCCUCUCGCGCCAGUCGAGCGUGCGCUUACGCAUCAUCAUGGCCGGUACAGCGUGGCGAUGUGUGUGUUUGACGUUGUUUAUUGUGACGGCGGAGGCCGUUCUCUCGGGGUUGUAUAUCGACAAUGGGAUCGAUCAGACCGUGAUCCAGCAUGCGAUGACGCGGGACGAGCGGAUGGUGGUGGAGCAUGAGAUCCUGGAUCUGCUAGGGCUGGGCGAGCGUCCGCGGCGAACGCGCGCCGCGGCGCUGGACCGCUCGGCGCCCAGCUUCCUACUGGACGUGUACAAGCAGCUAGCUGAAGAACACGAGCAAGCGCGCCCCACGCGGAGCUCCGAGAUGGCUCUCAGCGCCGACGAACAUCAUGCCAUAGACGAAAGCGAUCUCAUAAUGACGUUCCAGAGUAAAAAGCAUCACUUGGGCGCGCUUCGACAUGAGCACGGCCGGCACGUGUGGUUCGAGGUGGCGGGCGCGCCGCCGUCUGCCGCGCUGCUCUCCGCCGAGCUGCGCUUGCACCAAGCUCCGGCGCACACCGACGACCCCACAGCUCUGUACACGGUCGUCGCGCAUCGGGUCAUCAGCGUCAACAGCUUGGGAAAUCUACAAUUAGAGAAAGUAGCAGCAGUAAACACAAGCGCGUCGUCAGAGGGCUGGUUAGAACUGAACGUAACGGACGCGCUCAGUGCGUGGUUAACCGUCCCCGCAGACAAUAGAGGGUUUUUCAUUACCAUCCACCCGCACUCGCAGCCAGAACGUCACAUGAAACCAGAGGAAAUCGGGCUAGAGGAGCCUCGAGGGGCCAUAGUGGAGGGCAAGCAGCCCUUCCUCGUGGCUUUCUUUAAGAGCGGGCCCAGGUUGAGCGCUGCAGACGCCAGCGGGCGACGGAAGCGCGAGGCGCGGCGGUGGCGGAAUACGGGCUCUUCGGAGAAUUACCUGAGAAACCCCCUCACAGACACAUCACACUGGACAACUCGAAGUUGUGAAAUUCAAACCCUGUACGUCAGUUUCAAGGAUUUAGAAUGGCAGGAUUGGAUUAUCGCACCCGAUGGUUACGGUGCUUUCUAUUGCAGUGGAGAGUGCAACUUCCCCCUAAACGCGCAUAAAAACGCCACCAACCAUGCCAUAGUGCAGACAUUGGUUCACCUGUUGAAUCCCACACAGGUGCCAAAACCGUCGUGUGCACCGAUCAAGCUUUCGCCUAUAUCUGUUCUGUAUUACACCGAUGAUGCCAACGUGAUCCUGCGCAAGUACAAGAAUAUGGUCGUAAAGAGCUGUGGCUGCCAUUAAAACUCUUUAAAAGCGUAUUCUGCCCUGCUAAGCCGAGUGGCGCUAUCUCAAAAGAAAAUGCAUUGCUAAUUUAUACUUUAGUUUCUAUAACUGAGAGUUCCAUUAUCAAAAUCAUUUGUUUUUGAGAUAGCGCUUUUCGACUUAGGAGGGCAAUAUUGCGCAUACAACAUUUUCUUAAUGAUAACUUUCUAUUCGGAACGCUAUUGUAUGGUGACGUUGAAAGGGUCCGAUCCGAUGUACCUUAGUCAAUCAAAAACGCUUUUUGUCUUCAUUAGAUCUUUAUGUUGGAAUAGAGGCAAAUUCGACUUACUGUAAAGAUAUGGAUCAAUGCAUGAUCAUUUGAUCAAUGUUGCUAUUGAUUCAUAAAACAAGCCUGAUUAUUUUAAAUGUAAUAGAUCUAUUAAGUUUGUCAGACGGCUUUGUUCUUUUCACAUGAGUGUUGUUUUUCGAGUUAAAUGCAAAUAUGUGUAUUGGAGUAUAGACAUUACGACAUUACUUGACAUUAGAUAUAUCGUGUCGACGGAUAUCAAAAUUACCUAAGUCGUCUUUUGUACCUACGUUUAAUAGGCGAGUCAAAUUAUACCCAAAAACCGUUUUGAGGAAUUAAUUCCCAGCAAGCUGUAAAUAAUUUUAGACCGGUUAAGCAAACCGGUUAAGCCUGAGUCGGCCAGGUCUUAUGGACAAAAAUACGCCAGUACGCCGACUAGCGGGGCUACCAUAAAUGAAAAUGCCAGUAAGUACUUAUAGGUAUAUUUGAUUAAUUUUGAUACCUACUGCGCGACACACAUGCGAAAACAAAGAUGUCCUAACUGCGUAAGGCCCUAAAUGACGAAUAUGCCGCCGAAGUAUGCCCAAGUUAGGCUUAGAGACACUUAAAAUAUGCAUGUAUGAUAGUAUCCUACAGGGUAUGAUAAUAGAGUAAUUAUUUUAUACUUAGUGCCAAAUGUUCUUCGAGCGUUAAAUUUAAAUUCAACUUUUAACUUUAAUGUAAUAGUAAUUAAUUAGGUAGUAUGGUAAGUUCAUAAACUUAUUUACGUGCCAACCAAUUGAAGUCAUUUAUUUAAGUAAUAAUGUUUUAGGUAGCUCCUAUGUAGCAGUAAGUUAAUUGUAUUUUUCAUAGAUUUGCAAUAAAAUGUCUUCCUGGAAA